AGGGCGCCGGGCAAGCCCCGCAGUCCGCCCCCGCCGCCGUCCCGCACGGCGCCCCUCUCCCCCAUUAAAGUUUGGGCAGUUUCCAGUCCCUCGCUCGAUUUCCACCCUGGACACAGCGAAGGGCUCCGGGAAGCGCCCCGAGCAGCCGCCGGCACAGGCCGCCCGGGGGCCGCCCUCACGGCGGCCGAGCGCGGCCGCCCCCCGCCAGCACCGGCGGGCCGGGCCCGCGCCGCGGCGGGAGCGGGAGCCGAUGGCGGCGGCGCAGGGCUGCGGGCGAGGGGCGGAGCGCAGAGACCCUGUGGCUGCCAUGGCCGCCUCCCCCUCCCCGCAGCCUCCCUUAAAUACUAUGGGGCCGUAGCUGCGCCGGGCGCCGCUGCCGAGCGCACCAUGCGGGCUGUCAUCGCCUUGGCCGCGGCGCUGGGCAGCCUGCUGCUCGGAGGCUGCCUCCUGCGCAUGGGGGGCCAGCAGCCCCUCCGCGCCAGGGGCUGGGAGGAGGACGCCGGAGUAGCGGCUGUCACGCCGAAAGUGGUGCGAGCCCUCAGGUCUCCCCUGACGCCCCUUCCUCGGACCGAGAACAGGUACGGGCUGGACGCCCGCAGGACAACUCAUAAUAAAAAUGGAAUUUACCAGUUUGAGCAGGCUUCAAAAUGUAAAGCAAUUCAGGACAACAUUUUGUCAUCAUCUAUCAAAAAGAAAAGAUCCUCAGAAGAUUAUUAUCUUCAUAUAGUCACAAAACUGCAGAACUGCACCUGGGUAAGGAAACCAGAAGAAUCUACAAAAUUCAGGUCAGAAUUAGCUUCUUGCUGUGAUGCAGUUCACAAUUUUAUUGCUUCUCAAAACAACAGCCCACUGGGAAGUAACAUGAGUUAUGAAGUGGACAGUAAAAAGACUAUCCUCAUUACAGAGGACAUUUUUAAGAUGUUGCCUGUGACCUCUCCUCUUCCAGUCUAUCCCUUCAAGAACUGUGCUGUGGUUGGAAAUGGAGGCAUUCUAAAAAAUUCCAGCUGUGGAGCUGAAAUUGAUAGUUCUGACUUUGUGUUCAGGUGUAACCUCCCUCCAACCACAGGAAACAUUAGUAAAGAUGUUGGCAAUAAAACAAACCUUGUCACUGUUAAUCCGAGUAUCAUAGCUCAGAAAUACAACAAGCUAAAUGAAAAGAAGACAGAAUUUCUGGAAAACAUUGCGGUCUAUGGAGAUGCUUUUCUUUUACUGCCAGCAUUUUCCUUCAGAAGCAACACGGCCACUUCUUUUAAAGUAUACCACACUCUGAAAGAGUCCAAAGCAACCCAAAGGGCAAUAUUUUUUCACCCCACUUAUCUGAAAAGUCUUGCCCAAUUCUGGAGAACUAAGGGUGUGAAGGCCUACCGGUUGUCAUCUGGUUUUAUGAUCACUAGUGCUGCUCUUGAGCUGUGUGAGAAUGUGAAGCUCUACGGCUUCUGGCCUUUCUCAAAAUCCACAGAGAAAAUGCCCAUCAGCCACCACUAUUAUGACAACCAGCUGCCUAAACCAGGUUUCCACGCAAUGCCCAAAGAAUACAACCAGAUCCUUCAGCUUCACAGCAAAGGCAUUUUGAAGUUGCAGUUCGGUAAAUGUGAAUCAGACUGAAAAGGGUGAUGAUCCUCCUAAGAAGAUAAUUUAUCUCAGCAGUUUUGUGUUGGAUUUGAUCUGAUGUGAUUUUAUGAGCAUUAAACUGCAUAUAAUACAGUUCUACAAUAAUGCUACAAUAGAGAAGUAUUUUACACUUGGGGAGAAAAGGGAGUGAUUUUUUUUUCACACAAUGACUGCUACAUUUAAAAGUUUUGAGUGAUCAUUUUUUAAAAUGGAAAGUAACAAUUAUUUGAAAAAUUCUGAAACUCCUUACUGCUGGUUUAAUGGUAGCAAAGCACAAUCUCAGGAUGGUGGCAAUAUGUGACAUUCAUCAUGUUUUGCUUCUAGAGGAUCAUAAAAAUAUUUUGACAUAAGAUCUCUGGUUUUGUUGAUGUCACAUAGUAUAGGCAAUAGUCGCUGUGUGGUGGCUGCAUGAAUUGGCAGUGACCGUUUUCAGUUAAGAACUUCAUCCCGUAAAUAAAAAUCCCUGGCAUUUUUCUACAUGAGAGAAGUGAUGAGAAGACCUGCAGAGGAGUAAUUAAUUCAGGGCCAUGUCAUUCUUAGUUUGUCCCAGGGUGCACAGAUGAGAAAAUCCCUCAGGUCAGAGGUAGUUAAGUGGUUUAUGGGCUUUCAUUCUGCGGGCAGUAAGUAGUGCUGUGGAUUUAAUGGGCUUUCAUUUUGUGAGCAAUAGAUGAUAUGCUGUGGAUUUAAUGGGAUCACUCAUAUGAGUGAUGUUAAUUCUGAGAACAAGUGUAUGAAGGACCAGAGAUUUAUAAUUAUUUAUAAACCACUCUACUUGCUUGUGUUCCCGUCUAAGGUCCAGGUUCAGCUCCAAAUGAGGACUGUGAACCUAGUUCCACACAACAAUCCCCAGGGUCAUGGUAGGGCAUGACUUUGCACACAUUCUUACUAUUACAGUUCUGUGUCUUGGCUCAUACCUGGGAUGGAAUUUUCAUUAGAAAGAUGAUGGGUACCAAGCCUGUAAUUCAAUUUCUUUUCAUGUAGUAUAGCUUGUAUUCAUAUGUGACUACAGGUAGUGAAACUGCACUAAGCAUUAUUAGAAGAAUGUUCCUCUUACCACCAACCCCAAGCUCUUCUACACCAGGAUGUAUGAGAAAACUGACUACAUACUCCUAAUUUAUAACCUGUGUAGUUCUUUAAGUUUUCCAUAUGGUCCGAGAAUACAUGUGGAGCAACAUCCUAUAACAAGAGAAAGUGAAAUAUCAGCCCAGUGGGAAGAAUCAUUUUAACAUUUACAGGAGCUUUGACAAGCAGUUGUAUCCUAGCUAUUUCUGCUUAUAUGCUUCUAUAUGCUUACUAGAGAAAAAAACCCCAACCAAGCAAGCAAACAAAAUUUAAGAUUUAUAAUAACCAGAUUCUGAUAAGAGUUUCACUGACUCUUUUGAGAUUCCUUUGAAUGGUCAGUUCAAAGAUAGAGUGUCCUUCUUUUACACUUAGAUAAUUUGAGGUAUUUUGUUUAGUAAAACUCCUUUUGCUGCUCCAGCAUUAAAUCCCAAAUCAACUGAUUUGAAGAGCAUUCAGUGUUCCACUCUUUGAGGAUUAUAUCUGCAAAAAAAAAUCCCACAUAAAUGAAUUGGACCUUAUAAAAUAAGGUUCAGAAAAGCUGUUUAAAUUUAUACUUCAUAAGAGCAUUACUGUAUUGUAAUAUUUGAAUGCUUACCUUGCAGCAGUUUUAUAAUCAUAUAAGCACUCCUGGAAGUAUUAGAAUCAAUCAUUAUGGUUACAGGUAUGUUGAUUGAGACACAUUCAGUAUCUGGAUCCAUUUCCUGGAUAAUGAUAUCAGAAUCCAGUAUUACUCCUACCCAAGCAGAAGUAUCCAUAAAUUCUGACUGCAAAUAUGAGCAAUAAAGUCUAUUUUUGAAAAAUAAGGGGUAAAAAGUACAUAGUGCUUUGAGGCAAUAACUGGUGCCACUAAUAGACAUGUGGACCUCUGAGUGUCAGUAGAGCCUUUAACAGAAACAAAACAGCAGAAUUGAGCUGAUGAGUCCAUCUGCAUUACCAGCUGGUAACUGGAAGAGAGGAGCACAGGGGUUUGAUUUAUUUUGAUCUGUUCUAGUUCCAGCACCACAAUCCAUAUUUUUAUUUCCCCAGCUGUGAGAUUUUUGCCAUUUUCUGGCCACAGUAUCUGCUGCUCAUAUGCAGAGAGCUGGCUGCUGAAAGGACCUGCACCCAUGUUACGAGUGUUAUGGAUGAUUGCCUAAUGCAACAUCCUAGUUAUAGAUCAAAGACAAAUUUGCUCCCAAAAGAGCAUCUCUUCUGCUAUAAAUAACUCACAUGGAGUGUUUUUAAUAGAAGCUGUGCAAAAUGAUGUAGUUGUCCUUUGGGUGAUAAAAACAGCUGAGGUUGAGGACAACCUUGCUGCAUUUCAUCCAGACAGACAAAGGCACACCUAUGUUCAUGUAAGUACUAUAACUUACUCCAGCCUAGUGUAGAGCAGUGAGGUGAUAUUGGCUUUGUAGCAGCUCCAUGGUGUGUCUUGGGGAAAAUUCAUACAUCUUUUGCAGGUUCUUGCAUAGUAUCCAGAACAAUUGCAAGUGCUCUGUGUGCACAUAGAGAUAAUGCAAGAUCAUUCUUUGCUCAGACUAAAUUCAAUUAACUACUCAGCCUGAGUAAAGGGGCAAAACUUGGUUGUGUGAAGUAGAAGAUGGGGAGAGGAGAAAACUAAAUUAUCUGGGUGACUUCUGACCUUCUGUGGCUCUCUAAAUUACAAGCAAAAUAUUCCUGUUGUUAGGUAUCAGUUGAUUUUAUGCAGUGCAAAUAUUUGGAUCAGUUAAUUCAUCUGCGUUUAUUGAGCAUGUACACCUUGAGCCUGCACAGACUCCAUGGUGGAGCUGCAGCCUAUCACAGUAAUCUAGCUUUAAAUGCAUGUGACCUACAGAUCUUUUUUUGUCCUGUCACUUGCUCUCCUGUGACACAUUUGUGGAGGGACGUCCUGAAUAUCUAGGCAGUAGCACCUCCAGGGACACUCAGGUCCACAAAGCACACAUCCACCUGGGUACAGGAGUCUGUGAGAUCAAACCCAAGGACUAUUCUGUGGAGUUCUUUAUUCUGCAAGACCUCUGAUUCAAACAGCUGAUAGCCACUUGCUGCAUGCUCUGAAGCAGUAGACUUCUUACACGUGAGCCUUUUAGUUAAACAUAUCUUAGUUGAAAAUAUUCAAAGCCAAGUAAUCCUUCAUCUUGUGGUACUUCAGCAGCAGAUCUCUUUAAUCUCUAGGUCUGCUAGCCAGCAACAGCGAUUAGGGGGCAUGUAGUUACUUUAGAAGGCCCAGCUCUCUUUAUUUUGAAUUCUGUCAUUUUAGGCAGGACCAUCCUUCUCUGAGUUUCUGGACAGAAAAAUUUCAAAUUCUGCUAAUCUCUCAGGGUACUCUGGGGAAAUGCUCAAGGCUUGUUGUAUGCCCAUGGCAUACAACAAGUUGGCAGAUUUCGAUUUAUUAACCUUUGUUCCAGAUUUUCAUAAAGUAUUUAAUUGGCUCAAAAUUAUCAUUAUGAUAAAGUAGAGCAGAAACACUCUGCAGUAUUCCACUGAACAAAGGGACUAUUGCUGUUAUUUGGUGGUCUCCUUUCAUAAGGGCACGUUUCAGAAUACCUUCCUAUUCUGGGAACAUGGCUCACCAGGGGAGUGACCCGGGGUUACUGGGUCACAGCUACAGGAAUAAGUGUCAGUGUGCUCUCGGUGUCAAGAUUCCAGCAGUGCAGCAAGAGCUUAACACGAUGGGAGUACAUCAGCUUGAGUUUGCUAUCAAGCAAGGAGUCAGUGUAGUACUGUGAUGUGUGGUGAUGGAGCUCACAUCACUCUGAGCACGGGCAGUAACUGCCCUUGGGUGCAGGUGUCAGCAGAUGCUGGUUUAAGGAUGAAAACAGUCUGGCUGUGACUGGAGCCAGCAUCCUCAUGUUGCCAUCAAAGGAACAUUCAGGUCUGUCUUUGCUAAAUCCUGAUGUACCUUCAGCAAUACAUCAGUGUUUGUUGUUGCACCUGGUACUUCUGUGUCUUGUCUUUGUUUCAUUGCUCUUUUCUCCAGUGAGGGAGAAGACUCAAAGUACAUGAUGGAAGUAUUUAAUGAUCCCAUCAUGGUUUCAAGGCAAGGGCCCAUCAGAAUGAAUAAUGCAAAUGGUUGUGACAGGAUAGCCUAUUGUCAAUAUUGCUGAGUUUAAAUUCCUCACUGUUCACUUUAGUCCCUGACAAGAGGAGAUUCUUCACAGCAAGUCUGUAGGCCAGCAACAUGUUACGCUUCUCACCUCUUGGCUUGGCUGUGAGAUGUUUCCCUGAAAACACUUCUUCCUUGGUCUAUUUAUUGUCAGUAUUUACAAUACAAACCCAUUCUUGAAAUCCUGUGACAUUAAAGUGUAACAGCUGACAUUUCUGCAUUUUUAUAUGUACUAUUUAUAUAGUGGCUUCAUAUGUAUUCUUUAUGUUAAUAUUCUUUAUAUUCUUUUGAGUACCUAGUUAAAAUUAUUUAAAAUAUUCUUCUUUUUUAAUGCCACCAGAGUAAAGUGUGUGGGAAGUUACAUAAUGCCACCUAAAAACAGUCAUAUACAAGCCAAAAUAAUUUUAAAGGUAUUUGACUGAUUUCUAGAGGAAUAUUUUUGUUAGACAUUUGGACACUUGCAUCUUAGAUUUACCUUUCUAAGACAGGCCUAAGAGGCAACCUCUGCUUCUGAUUUAGUUCAAGAUCUGCAAGGGACAAAACAGGUGAAUGGAGAGGUCCUACACAGGACUGUUCCUCAGUGAUGGCAAAUGCAUGGCUUUUCUUUUCAGAGACUGGUCCAUGUGUCAAAAUCUAAUUUCAUAAAGUUAUCAUGAUAGCUUUUGCCCAGAGGUUUCAUUCUCUCUUAAAAUGUGUAUUGUUUGCAUUCAUUUCAGCUCCAUUCUUUCCAAUGCAAUUGUCAAAGCAGAGCUUACUCCCCCGUGGGGCUGGUAUAAUUGUGCUCCUCCACAAGCACCAAGCUCUCUGAAGCUGCUAGUGUAGGCUCUGCUACUGCUGUUCCAAAAAGGUUCCUCGAAUUCUCUCAGUGCUGAACUUAUUUAUGUUUUCAGAUGUGAACUUGAUAUUGUCUGAGUAGAAUGUGUGCAGUGUAAUAUAGAAAUGUCUCUGCGCAGGGUUUAGGAGGAGGCAGGAGCCCCUCAGCUAUGUGUGUGCUUUUAUUACAGAAAACCAAGAUGAAGUUGUAUUGGUGAGUCAUCUGUUGCAGCUGGUUUAAUCUGUACUUUGUUUUCCUGUUUUAAGUGCCUGAUGAUUUUUUUGUCAAGGAGGCCAUGGUUUCAUUGUUACAAGGCAUACUUAGAAUUCUGUACUUGUUACCUGUUCUGUAAUAGAAUAUUUUUGCAAUUUAUGUUUGGAAAUAAAGACUUAUUAGGCAUAA